AUGUUAUUUUCGUUUUUUUGUCAAAGGAUAAAGCCAAUUAAGACUGCGCCAUUUAUCAGCACUUCAGGACAUAAGACAAUUAAUGUAGGCCCUAUUCAACAAUUUACCUUCCUAAAAGCACAUCAGUUGGCUUAUUCAACAAAAGCUAAUGAGGAAAAGCAAGAAAAUGUAAAAGAUGAAUCCAAGGUGUCAGAGAUAUACGGCGCCGAAAUUGAUAAUCAACUAGAGAUAAAUACUUCUCUGUACCAAACCUCCCCUUUAAUAAACACCGAACUUCUUUACGUAUUCGUUGAUAAUUCUAAUGUUUUUAAUGAAGGAAAAUAUGCAAUUGCCGAACUUGAGAAAUUGGACACACGUGAUAACAAAAGGCAUUCUCUAUGUUUUAAUCAGUUCCAUAUCGAUCAUGGUAAACUUCUUGCAACGAUUCAAGGUGAUC